AUGUACGAAUACCGCUCAGUGGACCUAGCCGUGGACUCUGCGCUGGCUGCCAAAGCCGGGGCCUUUGCGACCGCUUUCGAGUACACCGACGAACAGGCCACCACCCCCACAGCUGCAUCCCGACACCGCGGUCGGGGGACCAGCAUCUCGCAGCAGUCCGACCGUUUUACUCAAUCCCCCCUGAAAAUGGCCACCGGAUAUGCGGUCAGCCCCGAGCCGCCGGCGCUGUUCGUGCGGGCUAUGUACGAUUAUGAUGCCGACGAUCACACAAGUUUGAGCUUUCGCCGGGGCGACAUCAUCCAAGUCCUAAAUCAGUUGGACACGGGAUGGUGGGAUGGUGUCAUUGACAAUGUCCGUGGUUGGUUCCCGAGUAAUUACUGUACCGUCAUCACAGAGGCGGACGACUUUGGUGAGCAGAUGGUACAUGGGCACGACGAAGAGGACAUGAGCGGAGAAUCUGGACCCGAAGACGAUUUUGGGAAUGGACACGACGAGGACGACGAGCUGGACUCGGAGGGCAAUUCGCGCGACUCGCAACCCAUUCUCCCCAUCGAGGGUAUUCCGGGGCAACAGGAGCAAGAGGAAGCUGCCUUUUGGAUUCCGCAGGCCACACCUGACGGCCGCCUAUUUUACUUCAACACUCUGACGGGAUACUCGACCAUGGAGCUGCCAUUUGAAAACCCUACCGCUGCGAACGAGAAUGGCCCUCGAGACCGAACCAACUUUUUCGUCCCUGACCAGACGCGCCCGCCUCCUGAGUUGAUGGCGCGGGGAUUCGAGAGGGACGAGGAUGAGUACGAUGGAUCCGCAUCUGAGGCCGAAGGAGAGUCGUUGAUGCUGAAUUCGCGUGACUCUAUAUCUCGUCGUCGUGAGUCUUUGGUGGACGGGGUGUCACCUGCCACCUCUAUGGAUUCAUUAUACCCCCCGGGGCCGAAGGAUUUCAGACCACAGAUGAAAAAGAGCCCUCAGCCAUCAUUCAGCAGUGCCUCUGUCACAAGUGCCGGCACCUCGGUCGCCGAAAUCAUCUCCCGACCUUCCAUAUCUUCAAACACACCCUUGCAGUUUGUAGAUGAUGGCUUCAUCCCGCCCGUGGCCUGGCCCACGCUGGUGGAUAACAUGCGAUCUGCCGUGGAGGCUUAUCGUCAGACCCUCCUCUCUGGGGAACGAUCGGAGUAUGUAAGAAAGGCUGAGGAUAUUUCCGAUCACCUUCGCAUGCUUUUGGCCGCUGGGUCGGACACCACCGACAACCAUUCCGGCAAUCCGUCUAUCAUCUCUACCAACAAGGCGCUCUACCCUUACUUCCGAGACAUGAUGUCCAAAUUCUCGAAGUUGGUUCUCUCAUCACAUAUCGCCGCCGCCGACUGGCCUGGCUCUGAUUCAGUCAACAAAUGCCUUCAAGAGGCUGACGGAGUCAUGCAAGGAGUGUACGGCUAUGUUGAUGUUGCCCGUCAGCAGAGCGGGGACAUCAUUCACAGAAUCGUUCCUGGCUUUGUUGGUGGUAGCUCUUGCGGUGGCAGCUGGCAAAACAACGGGGUUUCUUUGAAUGCAGGCCCCACCUCUUUCCUUGUUCCCGAAGCUGGGGAUUCUCGAACCGAGCCUUCGGUUCCUCUAGAUACUGCUCUUUUAGAUCACCUUGAUAUCCUAAGGAGGUCAUUUGUGGGUUGUAUUCGCCGCUUAGAGGAGCGAUUGAUAUUCAACCAACAUAUCGUCACAGCAAAAGAGCACGCAGAGAUCGCGGAUGCUGCCGCGGCGGCUGCAAUCAAGGUUAUGGAGCAAUUUCGUCCCUGGAUCUCAGCGGUCGAGUCGAUCAACCUUCUACCUUUGGGAACCAGUUUUCAGAACCCUCAACUUGUGGACUUCAGCUUGCAGAAGCAACGGGUUUAUGAUGGCAUUGGUGAUUUUAUCUUGAGUUGUCAAGCGAUCUCUGCUCCCCUGCCUGAUGAGUGGGCCGAGCUUCGAGGCGAUUCUCUCGACGACCGAAUCACUGCCGUGCGGAUGGUGGCCAAACAGGUGGAAAACUGUGUCUCCCAGAUUGGGUUUUCGUUAUCUCUGCUUCUUGAACAACUUCCUGAUGAUCAAUCAUCCGUGACUCGCGUUGAUACUCGUGAAACUCGUCUGGAUGAGGAAGAUGAGUCGCUCAACAAGACCACACACAGUCGCAGUGAUUCCAAAGCCAAUAUCUCUUCUGAGUCAAUUGGCAUUCCAUCGUCCUACACUCCGGGUAAGGAACCUGGAAAGGUGCGCCGCAACAUGGACAAGGCUCAAAGAUUCUUUGGACAAGCGCCACCUACCACUGUCACUCGUGAACCGGUUCAGCAGGAGCCCGUAAGAGAACCUGAAGAGACACCGUGGUUCCUGAAGAUGGAUCAUGAGGGCGAAGUGUUCUACGAUACCAAGACAGAUUCUCCUAUCUUGAAAUGCGGAACAUUGUCCGGGUUGGUUGAGAACCUCACGCGUCAUGACAAGCUUGAUGCAUCCUUUAACAAUACUUUCCUCCUUACCUACCGCUCCUUUACCACCGCUUCUGAACUCUUUGAGUUGAUAGUGCAGCGCUUUAACAUUCAGCCUCCAUUCGGCUUGAAUGCUGACGACAUGCAAAUGUGGGUCGAUCGCAAACAGAAACCGAUCAGAUUCCGGGUGGUCAAUAUCCUCAAGAGUUGGUUUGAUCACUUUUGGAUGGAGCCCAACGAUGAAGUGAACAUGGAUCUCUUACGACGCGUCCAUGCCUUUACCAAGGAUUCAAUUGCUACAACGAAGACUCCUGGAUGCCCUACCCUUCUUGCUGUGAUUGAACAGCGACUUCGCGGUCAGGACACAACCGUGAAGCGCCUUGUUCCAACCCAGAACACUGCCGCCCCACCAUCCAUCAUUCCCAAGAACAUGAAGAAGCUGAAGUUCCUUGAUAUCGACCCUACCGAGUUCGCUCGCCAGUUAACGAUCAUCGAGUCUCGCCUUUAUUCCAAAAUUCGGCCUACAGAGUGCUUAAACAAGACUUGGCAGAAAAAGGUCGGCCCGGAUGAGCCUGAGCCAGCUUCUAAUGUCAAGGCUUUGAUUCUUCACUCGAAUCAGCUGACCAAUUGGGUUGCUGAAAUGAUUUUGACUCAAGGCGAUGUCAAGAAGCGCGUGGUGGUCAUCAAACACUUUGUCAAUGUUGCUGACAAAUGCCGCGCCCUCAAUAACUAUUCUACCCUCACAUCUAUUAUCUCUGCCCUUGGAACUGCCCCAAUUCAUCGGCUGGGCCGUACAUGGGGUCAAGUCAGUGGCCGCACUUCUGCGAUUUUGGAGCAGAUGCGCCGACUGAUGGCCAGCACGAAGAACUUUGGCGAGUACCGUGAGACAUUGCAUCUUGCGAACCCUCCCUGUAUUCCUUUCUUCGGUGUAUACCUCACGGAUUUGACAUUCAUCGAAGAUGGUAUUCCAUCUCUUACGCCAUCAGAACUGAUCAACUUCAACAAACGGGCCAAGACCGCGGAAGUUAUUCGGGACAUUCAGCAGUACCAGAAUGUGCCUUAUCUCCUUUCACCAGUCCCCGAACUCCAGGAUUAUAUUCUCAGUAACCUACAAGCCGCUGGCGACGUUCACGACAUGUACGAGCGGAGUCUUGAGAUCGAACCUCGGGAGCGUGAAGACGAGAAGAUUGCAAGGUAUGCUGACUCUUCAAGCAAUAAGCCCAACACCGUGAUUUUCUCAAGUACUGUCGCAUUUUUGCGAUAG